AAAAAACAAAAAGGCCGCCGCCCUCAGCCCCUGCGUCGCUCGCACGUCCAGUCCCUCAAAAAACAAAAGGGCCUCUACCCUCAGCCCCUGCGUCACUCGCACGUCAAGUCCCUCAAAAAAACAAAAAGGACACCGCCCUCAGCCCUUGCGUCGCUCGCACGGCAAGUCCCUCAAAAAAACAAAAAAGCCACCGCCCUCAGCCCUUGCAUCGCUCGCAUGUACAGUCCCUCAAAAAACAAAAAGGCCACCGCCCUCAGCCCUUGCGUCGCUCGCACGUCAAGUCCCUCAAAAAACAAAAAAGCCACCGCCCUCAGCCCUUGCAUCGCUCGCAUGUACAGUCCCUCAAAAAACAAAAAGGCCACCGCCCUCAGCCCUUGCGUCGCUCGCACGUCAAGUCCCUCAAAAAACAAAAAAGCCACCGCCCUCAGCCCUUGCAUCGCUCGCAUGUACAGUCCCUCAAAAAACAAAAAGGCCACCGCCCUCAGCCCUUGCGUCGCUCGCACGUCAAGUCCCUCAAAAAACAAAAAAGCCACCGCCCUCAGCCCUUGCAUCGCUCGCAUGUACAGUCCCUCAAAAAACAAAAAGGCCACCGCCCUCAGCCCUUGCGUCGCUCGCACGUCAAGUCCCUCAAAAAACAAAAAAGCCACCGCCCUCAGCCCUUGCAUCGCUCGCAUGUACAGUCCCUCAAAAAACAAAAAGGCCACCGCCCUCAGCCCUUGCGUCGCUCGCACGUCAAGUCCCUCAAAAAACAAAAAAGCCACCGCCCUCAGCCCUUGCGUCGCUCGCACGUCAAGUCCCUCAAAAAACAAAAAGGCCACCGCUCUCAGCCCUUGCGUCGCUCGCACGUCAAGUCCCUCAAAAAACAAAAAGGCCACCGCCCUCAGCCCUUGCGUCGCUCGCACGUCAAGUCCAUCAAAAAAUAAAAAGGCCACCGCCUUCAGCCCCUGCGUCGCUCGCACGUCAAGUCCCUCAAAAAAACAAAAAGGCCACCGCCCUCAGCCCCUACCUCGCUCUCACGUCAAAUCCCUCAAAAAACAAAAAUACCACCGCUCUCAGCCAUUGUGUCGCUCGCACAUCACGUCCCUUAAAAAACAUAAAGGCCACCGCCCUCAGCCUCUGUGUUGCUCGCACAUCACGUCCCUUAAAAGAAAAAAGCCAAAGCCCUGAGCCCUCGCGUCGCUCGCACGUCAAGUCCCUCAAAAAACCAAAAGGCCGCCGCCCUCAGCCCCUGCGUCGCUGGCACGUCACCUCCCUCAAAAAAACAAAAAGGCCUCCGUCCU